UUGAAGUCCUACUUUCUUUUCUCCUGCUGGUUAUAUUCAGCGGACCAAUUAUUCAACUGGCUGCUUGCAGUGAAAUAUCAGAACGCUUAAAAUAAAUGCUGGGUUUCAGGCCGCUAUAAUGAGUAAAGACUCUUCUGGAAACAAUGAAGGAAGUCUAGACAUCUGUACAGUAGGAGAAGAAGAAGGAAAACUGGCUCAAGGGAUUCUACCCCAAAUUCCCAGCUCUCACAUACAUGCCAGAAAGGGUCUUCCUGUGACUGUGGAUGAAGGAAGAUUUCUGGAUAAACCACCUCUGUCAUACAUAGCUUUGAUUGCAAAGGCGAUACUUUCUUCUCCCACAAAUAAACUGAAUUUAGCUUCUAUCUACAAAUAUAUUGAAGAUAAUUUUCCUUUUUACAGGAACAAAGGUCGAGGUUGGAGGAACAGUGUAAGGCACAACCUUUCACUAAAUGAUUGCUUCAUCAAGGUGGGAAGAUGUGAGGAUGGCAAAGGAAACUACUGGAGUAUUCACCCAUCAAACUUAAAUGACUUUGUUCACGGGGACUUCAGGCAACAUCGAAGGUCACGAAAGCGAGGGCACCAAAAGGAGGUAGAGCACUGCCUUGCUGUGAAUUAUUUCACACCAUGGGGACACUAUCCUUCCUGCCCAGCACCAAAUUUGCUUUACGAAACACAUUAUUUUCUGGAUCCGCUGUGGAAACUUCUGUACGCUGACAGACUGCAGUUUGUGCAUGAAUACCGAAAGUUUGUGCAUGAAUACCAAAAGUGGAAUGUAAACAGUCACUUAAUCAUGGGGAAGUUUUCACCUCAAUUACAGACUGAUAAACCCCACAGCACUUCUGGGGACUGGUAUUAUGGAUCUCCUGCCACUUCAGUUAUGCAGCAGAAUAUUUUCCUAAAUAUUCAGCCAGGUUUACCUAACUCCCUUUUAUUCUUUUCUCAAUAACAGCACCAAAGUGAAGCAUUCAGACACAUCUGUAAGUACUAGAAAGCAUUUGAAGGGCUUGAAUAACAUCACAGGCAGCUUGGGACUCUGUCAAGAUAUAAUAUACAUGUUGUACAAUUAUUAACUUUUGUAUAUGUUUAAAGACAUAUUAAAAAAGCUUGCUUACUUAUAUAGGUCACUGAUUAUCCAUGAUUAUUACCUAAGUGUAUUGGCUUUGAAACCACAACAAUGAAUUUUUAAUAUUUCUGCUAGUCAAUGGCCAGGCAUAGAUUACUUCAGUAUAGAAGAAAAUCUAUUCACGCUGACUGCCCAAUGAGAUGAUUUUUAAAUUGUUUUGUAUUAAUCAUAUUACUGUAUACUACUGCUCUAUUGGAUUCAAAUUAAUACACAUAUAUGUGUAUUUAUAACUACAUAUUCAAAUAUGUGCAACCAUAUAUUUACUUUACAUUAUAUUGAAUAGAAAGGAUUAAUAAAUUGUUCCUUUGUCAUUUGAGAAUGUCUUUGAAAUUGUACUUGUCACCUCCCAUACUGCUGGCAAUACUGAAUUAUUCUUCUACCCAUUUAAUAUUAUACAUUGGUUAGUACUCAAUCAACACUAUUAAUUCUGAUGCAUUGUAUUGAUCAAAAAAAUCUCUGUACAGUUAUAUAUCUUUAACUUCUAAGUUGUAUACUUGUUCUUGUUUGAAUAAUUGUGCAGAUUAAUAAAUAUUCCAAGUGAAA